AAGUUAAGAGGUUAUGUUUUGGUGGUGACUGGUCGUUGAUAACUUGAAAUAAAAAUACAGUUUUCUCAUUUUUCACAUACGUGUCAAUACGUGUUUUAACUUAAAAAUUAUAUAUUUAGUGUAUAUCUACUAUACAGUGUGUUUGAUAUCUAGAACAUUUAAUGUAAUUGCUUUAUUUAAAAAAUAUGUAAAAUUUGAUUGUAGUGUUCUGUUAACCUCAUUCUCAGUGGAGGCUAUUGAUUUGAUCAGCCUGAUUAAAUUUAACUUGAUUUUCUUCAUAGAUAAUUGAAUUAUUUGGAUAAAAUAAGAAUGGCUACCAAAAGAAAAUUUGAAGAUGAUGACCAUGAUUCUACUGAUAUAAUGGAUACUAAUUGGCGGGACAAGCCAAUUAAAACUACUAUCACCAAACACUCCUUAGAUUCAGAUGAGGAAGAUGAUAAUGAUGGUAAAACAUAUGAUAUACUAGAUGAAGAUGAAAUUGAAGGACAGGAAGAAGGCCUUGCAGGUAUGGAAGGCGGGAUUCAAAUAACACCUUUCAACAUGAAGGAAGAAAUGGAGGAAGGUCAUUUUGAUACUGAUGGUAUGUAUCAUUGGAAAAAAGAUGGAAAAGUGAUACGAGAUAAUUGGUUAGAAAACAUAGAUUGGGUUAAAGUUCACAACAAAAAACAAGGUAGUACUACUGGUGAUGGUAAGGAUGAAGAUAGUAAUGAACUGCCUUCAGGCGCUACUUCUCAGUAUGAUGAUAUUUCUGUAUAUCGAGAAAUUAUACCUUUUAUGAAACCUAAAGAAACUGUGGCAAAAAGUCUUCGAAGACUUGCAGGAAAUCAAAACAAACCUAUAUCGUCUGCUGAAAGAUGGAAAAGGAAAAAAGCUGGCAUUGACACAACUAAAGAAGAAGAAGAAGCAAAAUUAAAUGUAUCUAAAUUAACAGAGCUGGCAAACAAGAUUCUUCAGAAUACUGGUAAUAUGGAUGUAUAUCAAGAAUCUUAUGAGUAUAUCACUGAGAAAAUAGAAUCUGCAACAAGAAAGAAACCAGAAGCAAAAUCUGCGGAGUUGGAUAUGUACUCAGAUGAUUUUGAUACAAAAGAAAAGGAAAGGCUUGAAACCAAAGACACAUCAUCAACCCAUCCAUCAUCUACACAAUCUGACACAGCUGCAAAACCACCUGAAGAUUCUGGAGAAGUCACUUGGGAGUUUAAACUGGAGAAAGAUAGCACUGAAAUAAGCGGACCUCACUCAUCUGAAGAAAUGCAGAAGUGGACAGAUGAGGGGCGUUUCAAGAAAGAAGUGUGGGUACGAAAAUGUGGACAAGAUGGAGAGUUUUAUACUUCUAAGAGAAUAGAUUUUGAUUUGUACAUUUAAACUUGUGUUUGCUUGACUAUCAGGUAGGCUAUGGUUUUGUAUCAGGUAGAUUUUGGAAUGUUAAUAUUUUAAGGGUUAUUGUGUUGGGUUCAACCGUAUGGCUGCCAAAGACUGAUUAGACAAGACCUCAAUACAAAAACUUCUAGCAGUAGAUUCAAUCAACUGCAUGGUUUAUUAUGAAAACUGCUGUUGGGUUUUUCAUUUAUGUUUUGUAGAAAACAUGUUCUCUGUAGUUAGAUUUUUAUAUUACAACAAAUUAAAGCUAAAUCUAGUCUUUAAAAAGUGUACCUAUGUAAUUUGUAAACCAAAUAAGAAUGCAAUUUUUGUACUCAUUGUUGAUGUUUUAAGAGAUGACUGCCACAAAGUUGUCUGUUGCUCCUAAACAGCCUUAAAUUAGUUGUUAUAUUAAAGAGUUCAACCAAAUUUGUUUACAAGGACUAAAAAUGUAAGAUACAAUUUUUUGUGUCAGUGUCUCAGUAUGAAAUUGCUACAUGAGAAAUAGUGCUAACAGUUUGGAUGAGACAUAUUGUUGAACUCAAAGUAGUUAUUGAAUUCUUGGCAGCCAAAGGCAUAAAAAGAGGCAGAGUAAGGUAAGCGGACUUGGUUUUUUUAUAUUGACAUUAUCAAACGAUAUACUUAUUAUAGCCUACCCAUCGAUAUAAUCAACCAAUAGUAAUUAAUUGGAAUAAUAACUAAAUCAUCUGCACCAACUGAACACUUAUUUUGAUAUUCUAAACACAAUUUGUUCUAUAAGUAACUUCUCUUAAAUAUAAAAAGAUAGUUCAUUUUAGAAAACUAUACAAAAUAACACUAAAGAUUAUCUACUGUGCCUCUCUCGGUUUGAAGAUGUUUGUUUUAUUGUUACAUUUUCUUUACUAUUUAAAUUUCAUUUCUCCUAUUACCUGUCUUAAAUUUUAUCGUUUGAUUUAUGGUUAUGUUUUUUUAAAAUUAUGUAUGACAUUACGUAAUUGUUUAAACUAUUCCUAUUAACUUGAAACAUGUAACUUGAAUUUGGAAUUUUAGAUACGUUGAUAUUCAUUGACAGUUCUGUUGUUCGGUAUAUAAAGUAUCGAUGAUUGUAAUAAGGGAUAUAAAACCGGGUCCGCUUAUCAUACUCUGCCCAUGAAAACAAGUAGGAAUAAGUUUUAUUCCAAUAAUUUCCUCCUUGAUCUCAUUAAUUUCAUUGGAUUUUAAACAGGACACUUACUCUAUUUCUAUAACAAAUAUGCACAUUAAUAUUAAUUUGAGUUAGAAUUUCUGUAGAAAUUAAGAAUUUCUAUAAUUCAUUAUCAUUUUGUGUGCUUUAUAUUUAAAUUUAGGGUACUAAACUAAGUAGUUUUACCAGGUUCACAUUAAAUUAACUUAGACUAACAUAAAACAGGGUUGCUUUUCACUGCCCUUGAACUUUUUUUUAUAAAUUUCUUUAUAUACUUUUAAAAUGAACACCACAUAGUUGAGGCUUUUCAAAAUCACAUUACUUUUAAAAUUUUGUGUGUUUAUUAAGACUGGUAAAAAACUUUUUCAGGUUCCUCAUUCUGAUUCUAAAAUAAUAUUAAAUUAUACAAAAAAAAUGAAAUAUUAACUGUGAUGGAUAAGGAAAUAAAAUUACAAAAAGCCUAUAUUUCGUAUUAAUUUCUUUAAGUCAAAACUAUAUCAAAUAUAUAUAUAUAUAUAUAUAUAUAUUUAUAUUGUUCAUGUUUGGAGGAAGCCUUUGAUCCUUUCAAUGCCAAUGCCUGUCAAAUAUGGAAGAAGAGCCAAUGUUCCUUUGUAUGGACGUCUAUACAAAUUUCGCAAAAAUCAAAAUAAAGUCUAAUAUGAAUAAUGUUUUUGAAAAAUAAAUGUGUUUUAAAUAUGUAUAAUGAUCCAACAAAAGACUAAAUAAUAACCAAAUUAUGUAAUAUUGUAAUUACACUUUUUGCAUAUAAUCAAAUAAUGUAAAAGAUUAUUUUUCAAGAUAGUUCAGUGAAUUUUUAAAUUUAUGUACCAUUAUUACAUGUAGAUUGGAACUAUAACACCAUCUACCGAGUGAGGAGUUUUUAAACUCCUCCUUUUAUUAUGUGCAUUCCUUGGAGCAUAAUAAAAAAAGAAAAUAAUUCAAUGUAGCCUAAGUCGUGCAUUAUUAAUAUAGUUUAAUAAAUUCUGUUUGGUUUAAAGUAUAUUUUACAGAUGAAAAAAUUAAGUGUUAUAAGGUGGGCCAGUGUAAAAAGGUAAAUUUGGGCCUGGAUAUUCUUGAUAUGGCACAGGGUACCACACAAUAGUGAGUAAAAAAAAAUUGUUGAAGGAACUACUAUAAAGUAAUAGCAUUUUAUGGAACCAAAGAGAAUAACCAACUGCUACCACAAGUUAGUUACUACUACUGGUCAUCCAGAGUAAAUGGUUGGUGUUACUUUCUUACAUUUACUACAUCACAGUAAGUAUUCAACUUUAGUGGGCUCCUUACUCUCUCCCCAAGGUGAGCAAUAAGAUUAGAGGUUGAAUUUUCUGACGAGAUGUUCAAAUCAAUCCUCUUUAUGAUGUCAUCCAGUGAUGAAGCUAGAGGUCGUGAUGGUACUCUGAAAAAGAGCUCUGCAAACAGAACACAACAAUUUUUUAAACAUGUUGAAAUGUCUUAAAUUUCAAGUGCAAUAGUUUUGAAAUUACCUUGAAUUUCUAAAUCUCAAUCUACUCCAACUUGAAAUUCUGGAUCAGCCGUGGCGCGUAAUAAAUUCCAUUUUGGGCUUGGUGUCAAAGCUUCUCAUUACUUUCAGGCAUAAAUUCAUGCAUAAAAAAUCGAUACAUUUUUCUCAAACCUAAAAAUUUGUUUUAUCAGUGUCAUGCCAAGACUUACACAACUUACACAAUUGCGAUGAACAAUAUAAUGCCAACUGGCAGCAGUUGUUUUGUUCACAUCAUGUUUGGGCAAAUACUAGGAAGCCCGAGAAAAGUGAAGCAAGUACUAUCCUUGGUAGCACUAUUUUUAUUUACUUGAAACAAACUAAUUGCUUCAAAAUUAGCGUAACAGAGCAAGUAGUACUUCAUUCAAUAUAUAUACUGUGAAUAUAUGUAUAUAUUGGUUAAACAUAAUGUUACAACUAAUGGUGUCUGUAAAUAAAGAAAGCAUAUACUAGUAAUUAUUUAAUUAGUUUACUUAUUGCAUUAGUUAUUAUUACUAGACAUUAUAAAGUGUUAUAACAAAUUGAUAAGAUGUUAUAAAUGUUGGUGAAAAGCAGGACCAGCUAAAGCUAGGUUAUUACUAAUGUGAAAUAAAGUUGAUUUUUAUAUCUGUCACAAGAGCAUUUAUAAUUAUAGUAGAAAACUCCUCUUUUAUUGUAUUUCAAUGGAUAUGUUUUGAAGGGGGCAUUAACCUAAAUGAGAAGAUUCUGUUACUCUUGUAUGAAGUGGUCCGUUUUACUUUUAAUAAGAUCACCUAAUUUUGCUUGUAGUUGAGAAAAACAUUUUUCUUUUGUGCUGAAUUGAAAUUUUACCUAUCACUAAAGUAUGUAAUAGAGUCAUUGGUUAUAAUUUGAAAAAAAAAUAUCAACUAAACUUUCAUGGUACAAACCCAAGUUGAAAGUAAUUCACAAUUAUUAUCCAUAAUAUUAAGAUCUAGAAGUAGAGUAAUAUGUGCAAAAUUUAACCAGGAAAUUCAUGUCUUAUUAACAAAAAUUUUAAUUUAAUGUAAAUUAUUGUUUAUUGUAUUAUAUUAUUACCAUUAACAUUGAAACUCACAAAAUAUAUUCGAAUUAAAUUAUGAGUUCUAGAUUUUGAUUUCUAAAAUUCAAGAAUUACGUGGUUUCAGCUUUCAGAAUUUAACCCUUAUUUGAGUGGAGGAGGUGGAAAAUGUGAGGAGAAAGGGCAGUUAAUUAAAGUCCUUAAACUUAAAAAAAUUGUAAUUUUUAAAAUAAAUUUUCAUGUAAAUAAAGCUAAACUUUCUAUUUUUAUAAUCUAUAAGUUGGCUGUGUUUGACGGGAAUUAUUGAAAGAAUUAAAAAAAAUGUGAGUUGCAAAUGAUUAGCUUAGAUUUGGGACACUUAAUUAAGUUCAGGAGAAGAAGUUCAAGAUCAAGAUUUCCAGAUAAAAAUAUGUAAAUAUUAAACCAUUAAGUAAUUUUUUGCACUUUACCUGUAAGAGGAAGAAAAGACUACUCUAACACACAAUAGUAUAAUUAGUGUUCUAUUCUUAUAUUGUAAAACACUGUUAAAUUAAAAGUCACAUUAUUUACAUAAAGGAAACUAUAUGUGGGUGAGAUUAAACGAAGCCCUGCUUUAGUGGCGGAUAAAUACCACAUGUUAUAUAGGUAUAGAUGAUAACAAGUUUAAAAUCUAUUUUAUAAUUCAUUGUUUCUAGAUUAUUUUAGUGCAAAAUCAAGAAUAAAUCUUAUUGUUUUUUUA